CGGCCGCUCCGCCGCGCACAUGGCCGGCCGCAGCGCCCACCCCCGCUGCCGCGCAGGCGCCGGGCGAGCCGGGACUUGCGGUCGCCGUGAGCGGAUCAUUCCGCCGUUUUCUUUGUGUGGCUGAAGCGCCAGAAAUGGCAUAUUUUCCGCUCCUCUGUUAAAAAAUCAGACCCUCCCGCCCCUUUUCUCCCGCUGGAACGGGGUCGGGGAGUGGGUAGGAGCGGGAUCCGCUGACGACUGCAGGGCGGAAAGUCCUCAGGCGUGGGGCUGACGAGGGCCGGGUCCGGGAGGGAUGCUGGGAGCUUUGACUCACUCGCACACCAUGUGUCCUUCCGCGCGCAGCACGGGGGACUUUUCGGUGGGGAUUUUGGGCGCCGACCAGACGCGGCAUUUUCGGAAAAUAGCGCCCUGUGCUGCUGAAGCGCUUUGUGUGUAGCGGGGCCGCGUCAGCCCGGCCGGGUACGAGGCGCCUCGGGUCCCCGCACCACCUCCUGCUGCCUCCCCGUCGCCGCUCCCGAAGCUUUUCCAGAUGUCCCUGGUAGAUUUGGGAAAGAAGCUUUUAGAAGCAGCACGAGCAGGUCAAGAUGAUGAAGUUCGUAUUUUGAUGGCAAAUGGAGCUCCUUUUACUACAGACUGGCUGGGAACUUCUCCACUUCAUCUGGCAGCACAGUAUGGUCAUUACUCCACUACAGAAGUACUGCUUCGAGCUGGUGUAAGUAGGGAUGCCAGAACCAAAGUGGAUCGAACACCGUUACACAUGGCAGCUUCUGAGGGCCAUGCCAGCAUAGUAGAGGUUUUGCUUAAGCAUGGUGCUGAUGUCAACGCAAAAGACAUGUUAAAGAUGACAGCUCUGCAUUGGGCCACAGAACAUAAUCAUCAAGAGGUGGUGGAACUUUUAAUCAAAUAUGGUGCUGAUGUACACACGCAAAGUAAAUUUUGUAAAACUGCAUUUGAUAUUUCAAUAGACAAUGGGAAUGAAGAUUUAGCAGAGAUAUUACAGAUUGCUAUGCAGAACCAAAUCAACACAAACCCAGAGAGUCCUGACACUGUGACGAUACAUGCUGCAACACCACAGUUUAUCAUCGGACCUGGCGGGGUGGUGAACCUAACAGGUCUGGUAUCUUCAGAAAAUUCAUCCAAGGCAACAGAUGAAACGGGUGUAUCUGCUGUUCAGUUUGGAAACUCUUCAACAUCAGUAUUAGCUACAUUAGCUGCCUUAGCUGAAGCCUCGGCGCCAUUGUCCAAUUCUUCGGAAACUCCAGUAGUGGCCACGGAGGAAGUUGUUACUGCAGAGUCUGUGGAUGGUGCAAUUCAGCAAGUAGUUAGUUCAGGGGGUCAACAAGUCAUCACAAUAGUUACAGAUGGAAUUCAGCUAGGAAAUUUGCACUCUAUUCCCACCAGUGGGAUAGGCCAGCCCAUCAUUGUGACCAUGCCAGAUGGACAACAAGUAUUGACAGUACCAGCAACGGACAUCGCUGAAGAAACUGUUAUAAGUGAAGAACCUCCAGCUAAGAGACAAUGUAUCGAAAUAAUUGAAAACCGGGUGGAAUCUGCAGAAAUAGAAGAGAGAGAAGCUCUUCAGAAACAGCUGGAUGAAGCAAAUCGAGAAGCACAAAAAUAUCGACAACAGCUUUUAAAGAAAGAACAGGAAGCAGAGGCCUACAGACAGAAAUUAGAAGCUAUGACUCGUCUUCAGACUAGUAAAGAAGCUGUUUAAUUGGAAUGAACAUGUAGUUUGAUUUAACUUUUGGUCAAGAAAGAAUACAAUCUUGAACUGUACGCAAUAAAGGUACAGUCAUGGGAAUACAGGAUAAUAAAAGAGACUACAGAUUGCUAAUUGGACUUAAGCCAUGAGCUCUGACUUCUUGUAACAUAAAACUUUAGAAGUUGUGAAAUGUAUUUAAAACUGAAUUCUGUAAAUAGUUUUUGUUUUUUUUUUACAGUUCCAAAUGAGUUGAUAAAGAUUGUUGAAGAGAUCCACAAACACAAUAAGCCACUGUUUUUGUGAAUUCUUUUUGAUUUUAGUAUGAACCAUAAUUUCUCAGAAACAGAACAGUUUUAAGGGUGAUCGUUGUUGAUUAGACCAAAUGUUGUUUAAUAAUUAUGGUAGACUAAUGCUGGAAUUACUCCUGUAGGUAUAAACUUCUAUAUGAAGAGAAGAUUUCUCCCAGGAAAUCUUUGUACAGCUUUAAGUUGUCUCAGAUUCUCUGAAAACAUUUUUUAGAAAGCAAAACUUUUAUAUUUGUUCAAUUUCAGCUAUACCCAAGUAGAUUUACAUGUAUAUGAGGCAAAUAUUUUUUAAACUUUCUGUUUGUACAUAUUCAGCAUGUUUUAUAAUUUCAGAAUGCAUCACUUGCAUAGGUAUUUUUCCCACAAAAAUGAUGAAAGUUAGCAGAAGAAAAAAGCCCUUUCACUCUAUAGGUCAUUGAAACUAAGUGAGCUAGCAGCUGGUUUUAUUGGAAUGACAAUGUUCUUGGAAGGAGCGGCUUACAAGAUAAUUUGAAUUUGUAAACUGCAAAAUCUAUGCUUUUUUGAAAAUUUCAUAGUGGGGACGUGAAACUGUAUUCUGUGCCUUCCAUCAUGAUUUCCACAUGAAAGCACUUUAAGGCACUGGAUUUUAAGAUAAUGUUUUUGGAAAACUCAGUUCAUAUGGGUUUCUGAAAUAUUUCAUGGACUUAUUUCCCCCAAGGAAAUUAUUCUUAUGGAAAAAAGUUGCUUUUGUAUGUAGAACAUGAACCUUUUGUACUACAGUGAUGCUAUAGAUAUGUCUAAUGUAAUUUUACUUUUCCCUGUGAAAGUUCAAUGUCUGUACUGUGACUUCCUCUCACCACAGUAUUGUUGAAUUCCACAAUGUAUGGACAUUAAACACUGACAGACUGUUUUUUUUUUUUUUUUUUUGGUAAAACACCUUUUAGCCCCUUUUCUUGCUUUAUUUUUCAGUGUUUUAUUGCUUUAUGAAAAUGUUUAACCCUAAAACCUCUCUAGAUUAUCUAUACUGUAUAAAAAAGCAAUUACCCUUAAAACUGUACUCUGGCCUACUUUUCUAUUUUACAAUUAAAUAUCUUUUCCACAUAUGUUCAGUGACUGCAUUUUAUUCACACCUUAAAAUUUUAUUCUAUUG